AUGACACAAUUUAAUCACAUUGAGUUCACAGAGGCGACUUGCAGUGACAAAUUUAAGGUGUACCCCCAUCAUACUGCCUGUCUGUCUCGGUCACCGGAUUCCAGUCCAGGGAGUGUGACACCACUGGAUGCAGUGACCGCCCACAAUAAAUAUCGAGGAAUAGCCGCCGCCAAAAACGGCGCCCUCAACAUGAUGAAGAUGAUUUGGGACCCGGAAGUGGCCAUGGUAGCACAGAAAUGGGCGGAAAACUGUAAAACGGAACACGAUGGAAACAGAGAGCGGUUUAUUCCAGGUCGCUUUACGUUGGGACAGAAUCUUGCAUACAACCAUUUUGGCACCAUGACGUGGGACGAUGUGGUUAAGUUGUGGUACGAUGAGGAACCAGAUUUUUCGUAUGGGGGAAACAAUAACGAUUACAUGAAGAUCGGGCAUUAUACACAGUUGGUCUGGGCCGAGUCCUACAUUCUCGGUUGUGGCUACAGUAACUGUAGUGGAACUCACUUCUACGUCUGUAACUAUGGUCCAGCAGGAAAUAGUCCAUCAGCUAGACUAGGAACACCGUACGAGAAACAUGGAGCACCUUGCAAAAGCAGCGAUAGUACAGGAUUGUGUGGUAAUAAAUCAUAAUUCAGUUUUUGUCCUGGGACAACUGCAUGCGAGGGAAAUGCCAAGAAGAACCAUACCACCUGCGCAUGCUCCUGUCCUAACACAAAUGUUUUUUCAGGGAAUAAAUGCGAACUGACCUGUAGCGGACAACAGGACCCUUCAUACUGUCCUUUAUCUUAUAAGAAGGAUCAGUGCAUAAGACUGAGUAACGUGGCGUUCGAUUGUCCAUUCCUGUGUAACGUCUGUCCAUAUGCCGAAAAAACUUACAUUGAAGGCAGCACAGCACUACAGUGUGUAAAAACUGGAGGCUGUACAAGUACGGUUGGCGGAUCUAACAGUGACGGCACAAGGAACAACGGAAGUGGAAUAAAGGGGAAAGGUUCAAAAGGAAAUAGUGGGACACAAAGUGAAGCACUCUGUUCAUUUGUACUGUUGGCUGCAGUAUUUUCAUAUAUGAAAUCUUUUGUAGUUUAGGGACUAAAUUGUAAUGUCAUAUAUGGCUUCCUGGUGUAAGGGAGAUAAUUCAAAUUACUCAUCACCUCUGUUUUGCUUAGACUCAACAUCUAGUAUUUUUAUGUUCUGUAUUGCUGUUAUUUCAUGUAUUUUCUUGUCCUCUUGAGUGUUACAAAUUAUGCUUGUAUCUAUGUUAUGCCCCCAGUGUGACCAUGAUUGGCAAAUAAA